AACAACUUCUAUCGCAGCGUCAGGUGAAAGUGGGGCUAUCAGUUGUAGCGGACAGAUAUCGCACUGUUGCGUUAUAGCGAUUAGUCAAUUUAAAGCAUAUGUAAUACGCUGCUGGCAGGGUGAAAGUUCACAGACAGUUGAGAAUGUCCGGAAAGGUAGCAGGCAAACCGAGCAAAGCGGCUUCGAAAGAGCCGUCGUCUUUGACCAAACUUUACCUGUUUGCUUACAAUGCCGUGCAAGUGGGCGGCUGGAGCUACAUCCUGUAUCAGCUGAUCAACUACUAUGUGCUGCAGGGUCCCCAGUUUCGUGCACAGAUAACGCUUUGGGAUUACACGCGUGUUGCCGUCAUCAUAUUCCAGAAUGCCGCAUUUGUGGAGAUCCUGAAUGCGGUAUUUGGGUUGGUUAAAUCAAAUCCUGUGGUCACCACCUUCCAAGUGUUUAGCCGGAUGAUGGUUGUCGUUGGCGUUGUUAUGGCCACACCAACGGGCAAGGUGUCGCCCGGCCUGCCCAUUGCGCUCUUCGCCUGGGCCGUCACAGAGAUCAUUCGCUAUGGUUUCUAUGCCCUAAACAUUAUCAAAGUGGUGCCAAAGAUUGUGGUCUUCUUGAGAUACACCACAUUCAUUGCGCUCUAUCCGAUUGGUGUGACUGGCGAACUCUUGUGCUUCUGGUGGGCACAGCGAUAUGCCAAGGAGCACAGCGUCUGGAGCUUGGAGAUGCCCAAUAAAUGGAAUGCCACUUUCUCCUACUACGCUCUUCUCUGGAUUGUCAUGCUGGGCUACAUUCCCAUCUUCCCGCAGUUGUACCUGCAUAUGUUUGCGCUGCGUCGCAAGAUUUUGGGAGGCGACGCCAAAAAGAAAGCCAACUGAACUUUGAUCCCCUGUUGGAAGCAGCCGCAGUACUUUGUCCAUUCGUACAGCAAUGCUAAUUACUAUUUAGCAUUUGCACUUUGCGUUCACCUUAACUUGACGCCUAGUUCAGCUUAAGCUUAUUUUAAGUGGUUUCUGUGUACAAAAUAAAAUUAAACAAAUACUUUUCAA